AUGGCGCAAGUCGCUAGCUCCCCUCGUCCCUUCGCGCAACAACAGAAUGCGCCCCAUGGCACCAAGAGAGCCGCCGACAGCUCGCUCGAGAAUGAACAGCGGCUGAGUAAGCGGUUCGACCUGCUGAAUCUAGUAGACAACAAUGGCACACGCCUCUACAUACCCGUCCCAGGCUCAACCGACGCCCCCCUCCCCCGGCAUCCCCAAGGCGCAACCUCCUACGGCGACCCUCUAGCCUUCGUCUCACCACGACGCCAACAACCCCGCAAGCCACGCCACGUCCGCGCCAGCCCCUCCCAAGAAGCAUGCGGCAUGGAGAUAGAAGACACGCCCCACCGCGUCUACAUCUCAGACCUAAGCGCCGAACUCUCAGACCUAGAAUCCGACGAGGAAACGCCCAUCUUCCUCUCCGACAUCGAGAAGCACCUCUCCAAAAUCCCUCAGCACAUCUUACAGGGCCCAGAGCCCAAGCCCACGGAUAAGAACCAGUUGGUGCUGUAUAAUGUGCCGAGCAGUUUGACGGUGCCCGAGGCGCAGGAUAAUGUGCGCAAGGCGAUUGUAGAGGCGCGGCAGAGGAUUAGGGAUAAGCAGGUUAAUCCCGUGACGGAGCCUGUGGAUGUGGAUCUCGGGAGGGAUAGUAGUGUGGUUGGAGGACCGAGGAUUAUGGAUGCGAUACCCCAAGCUAUGGCGUCACCUGUAGAGGGAGACGGAGAUGCCAUGGACAUUGACUGA